AUCGUGUUUUGCAUUGUGUUUUGCUCACUGAUACACGUUUGUAAACUUUAACUUGGAAUAUAAAUUUAUUUAUUAAGAAUGUAUUUACAUAAAUAGUUCAAACGCUUUGAAAACUAAUAUUUCUUACGCAUUUCGUUGACGGAUUUCAUAUGAAAGUUAUAUACAAAUGUAAUAUACUAUUAGAUUUACUACAAUAUUUUAUUAGAAUUAGCCCAAUACAUUGGAAUAUUUGAUAACACCUAACAAUUCUUAAAUGUUUCUUAUAAUGUGUUGAACGGUUUAUACAGAAAAUCUCACCGAUAGCAACUGCAUCAAGAAUGAUAUUAACAGGAACAGCGUUAACAUCUUCAAUUAUCGUCUGCGUGGUUUUAACAGCUAUAUGCCACCUGAUAGCCCUGGUCUCUCCCUAUUGGCUGGUUUCCAGCCUAGCAACAUCGAGUUCGGAUAGUCAGGAAAAACCUGAUUUCUCCAACUUGGGUCUUUGGACGAUUUGUUUUGAGAAAUUCGUACAUCCUUAUGAGUUGCCACCGAAAGAAUAUUUCGAAUGCCAUUCCCUGGCUUCUGAGGAACUGAGUAACAUUGUGCAAUGGCUUGUCCCAAAUUGGCUGUUUGUCUGUCGCAAACUGGCCAUCACAUCGACAGUGACCAUGACCUUAUCGACGGUGAUGACGGUAUUUCUGCUGCUUUGGUCAUCCUACCAGCGUCUGGACAAGUUCUCCCAGAGAAGAUUGGAGCUGCUGACCACUGUGGCUCAAUACGUCACACCCGUCUGCCUCAUUGUCAGCAGCAUCCUCCUCUUAUUAACAGUCUCCAUAUUUUCCGACAACGCUAAGCGCCAUCAGCACCAUGAAUUUUGGCUGCUGGGUAGUGAUGACGUCGAAUCAUUCGACCUUCACCUCUCUAUGUCAUGGGUCUUUGAACUUCUGGCCUUUGUGACCUCUUGCCUGACAAGUGCACUUGUCGUCUGGUUUCUUAUUUUGAAAAGUCGGGACGAAAUUUGAUGCAGUACAGAUGGCGAGAAUUUUUGUAGAUAUUUGCUUAAAUAACUAUGUUUAGUUGUUUGUUCUCAAUAAUUUAGCUGUUUAUUUAUUUUUUAACAAGCGGAUAAUGUUAUUCUACAUUGUUUUAAAUGAAUUAAAUCAGAGAAAGCUUU